CCUUGGCCCCGCAGCGAGAUUUCUGCCCGGUGGGAUUCGGGGGAGGAAACUUUGCUCCCCCCACAACCGCCCCCUCCCCAACCCCAGCGGGCGAGGCAGAGAGGGAAGCGCCGCGGGAAAUCGCGGGCAGCGACGGGAGCCGUGGUGGAAACAGGUUGUCGGGAUCUCGCCGUGGGAGGAAGGGGCGGCUCUGAUUACCGGCUAGCCAAACCUGGGCGCCGGGAGAUGGAGUCGGAGCCGCUGCUUUCCCAGCCCGCCAUGUGCUGAAGGAAACGGACAGCGAGUUACCACGGGAGAGCUUGGCUCCGAGGUCGCCUCUUCCCAGGAAGCCGAUAGCUCCCCGAGCUCUUGAAGUUCUAGCAGUUGCUCGCUCAGCUUGGGGUUAACCACAGCGAGUUCCACCCGCGUGAGUCCCGCUUUUCAGGGGUCAGGCAGGUGAUUUUGCUUCCCUUUGGCUCCUCUACUUGUGCGUGAAUACCGAAUACCAAACAGUCUGCUCAAAAGCCUGGCAGAGCUCGAGAAAAGCCACGGUGGAGAGUUGUGGCGUUUUGGAUAUAUUCAACACAAAGUACUGGCACCUCUGCUCGAGACAGUCUUAUGGCUUGAAGUUUCCAGGUUCAGAGCUUCUGAGAGAGGGUGGAGCUGGAACCUGGCACUUCUACCUCCAUGGAUCCCCUAAACCUCUCUUGGUACAACGGUGACAUCAGUGACAGGAACUGGAGCAAGCCACUCAACGAGUCUGAUGCAGAGCAGAAGCCUCACUAUAACUACUAUGCCAUGCUGCUCACCCUCCUCAUCUUUGUCAUUGUUUUUGGCAAUGUGCUGGUGUGUAUGGCUGUGUCCAGGGAAAAGGCCCUUCAAACUACCACUAAUUACCUGAUUGUGAGUUUGGCAGUGGCAGAUCUCUUGGUAGCAACCUUGGUCAUGCCUUGGGUGGUCUAUCUGGAGGUGGUUGGUGAGUGGAGGUUUAGUCGGAUCCACUGUGAUAUCUUUGUAACCCUUGAUGUUAUGAUGUGUACAGCCAGUAUCCUCAACCUCUGUGCCAUCAGCAUUGACAGGUACACAGCAGUAGCAAUGCCAAUGCUGUACAAUACCCGCUACAGCUCGAAGCGCAGGGUCACCGUCAUGAUCGCUGUGGUCUGGGUGCUUUCGUUUGCCAUCUCCUGCCCAAUCCUCUUUGGCCUCAACAACACAGAUGAGAAUGAGUGCAUCAUUGCCAAUCCUGCCUUUGUCGUGUAUUCCUCCAUCGUCUCCUUCUACGUUCCCUUCAUUGUCACCCUGCUGGUGUAUGUGCAGAUUUACAUAGUGCUGCAGAAGCGCAGGAAGCGUGUCAACACCAAGCGCAGCAGCCACGGCCUGGACUCGGACACGCGAGCCCCGCUGAAGGACAAAUGCACUCAUCCAGAAGACGUCAAGCUCUGCACAGUUAUUGUGAAGUCCAAUGGGAGUUUCCAAGUUAAUAAGCGCAAAGUGGAGGCGGAGAGUCACAUAGAAGAUAUGGAAAUGGAGAUGGUGUCCAGUACCAGUCCCCCUGAGAAAAUGACCAUCAAACCAACGGCACCAAGUAGCCAUCAGUUGGUUGUGCCAGUUGCUUCUAAUCAGGGCACCAACUCAACUCUGCAGGCUUUCGACAGCCCUGGCAAAGUAGAGAAGAACGGACAUGCCAAAGAAACACCCUACACAGCCAAGGUCUUUGAGAUCCAGUCUAUGCCCAAUGGCAAGACAAGGGCCCUUCUCAAGACUGUGAUCAGGAGGAAACUGGCACAACAGAAGGAAAGGAAAGCCACUCAGAUGCUAGCCAUUGUACUUGGUGUUUUCAUCAUCUGCUGGCUCCCAUUCUUCAUCACUCACAUCCUGAACAUGCACUGCGAUUGCAACAUCCCCCCAGCAUUGUACAGCGCCUUUACAUGGCUUGGAUAUGUCAACAGUGCUGUCAACCCAAUUAUUUACACCACCUUCAACAUUGAGUUUCGCAAGGCUUUCAUGAAGAUCCUCCACUGCUAAAAGUAAAAGCAGCAGCCACAUUUUUAAGAAUGAGAAAUGAGAAACCAAUGCCAUUCACGCACACAAAGGGGCAGCCAUGGGGAGGUCUCGAGCUCUUGUAUUGGGCAUGAGGCCUACAGUGUUACACCAGUGCCAUGCCCAUGAGCCUCUUGGUGGGGAUGCAAAGAGGACCUUCACGUGGGAGGUUCUCUCAUCCCUUGAGGUGACCUUUGGACUCUGGGACACCAACCCCAAAGGCACUUUUCAGAGCUACCCUCACACUGUGUUUAAAGUGGAAGCAAAAUCAAGACGUGCUCACUUGAUUCUUGCCUGUGGCCAUCUAACCUUGAGUGCAUUAAACACAGACAGUCAGUCACAGAGCCACGCAAAGGUAGCAGUAGGUCACUGCCGCUACCAGCUUGUGUGUUACAUCAUUGAUACAAUUCUCACCAAAGACGAGACCAUCUUUUCCGCUUUGCAAUAGGAGCCAGACAGAGCUUGCGGAAACUCCAUGCAAUAGCUUUGCCUUCACCUCGAGCUGACUUACCCAGUAUUAAACUGCUGAAUCCUUGAGAAAAAACUUUAAGAGGCCCCCAAGCGGGCUAAGAAAGUUAUGCCACCUACAGAUCCAAUCCCUGCAGCAACAUGGGCCUACAAGCAACUGGUGGAAGGAAGAAGGGGAGCAUAAGCUUCAUGUGGGACCAGUACAUCAGUGUAAAUAUGAAUACACAGGAUGAAUUGAACAGAAGCCCAAGCCAAAAAACAGGAGGAGAGAAACUAAGGAAGUGAUACCUUGUAUCACAUGGUAUACAUUCAGAUCAAACAGGACACCAACUAUCAUCUGUCAUCAGCCAACCCAGCAGCAAUUUCUGCCCACCAGCAUUUCAUCUCCAGUCUCCUACAAGAAGUUACAUAACUAGGUGAGGAGUGUUAAUGUGGCAAAUGUAGAAACAUGAAGACAGCGUGCCAGGUGAGGCAUCUACAGCCACGUCCAUCUCAGAUGUGAACUUGAACAAGUCAGCUAAGUUAGGUCCAGUUCUUCUCACCUAACUUCAGGGUACCAUGAAGCCAAGGACCACCUCAGAUAUAAUUUGCCUAUGUCUCUCAAUAGAGAGAGUGCAGAAUAACAUUGUGCCUAGUUUAAAUUAACAGUAAAUGAGGUAAAACUCUGUGUUUUAGAAAAAGCCAGAGUCCCUAGCUGGACCUGCUCCUGUGUCCAAGUUGGACUCUGGAAAAGUCUGGAAGUUUCCAGCAUCCCUUACCCUCUGAUAUCUCUUUAAUGGAUUAAAACAAUUGAAAACCCAUAACAGCGUAAUUUCACCAAGGUAGCUCUGGCAUUGCCAGAUCUACACUGUACUUACUAGUUGUCCUCAGUUCAAAAUAUAUUUUGUAAUACCUCUGUAAAUAAAAUAUAUUAAGAUGAAUAAAAUGACAUGGAAAUAGGACUGGCUAGAAAUUAAUGUAGGAUCUGGAGGACUAGAUGAUUACAAUAGCCAUAAGCAGAGGCAGGCUCUGAAGUUCUAGUUACCUGCUGUUUUCUAAAGCUGUUAAAACGCAAUCUGGAAAGCAAUAUAAUCCCUUUUCUCUCUAUGCAGUGCGUGGAAUAUUCACAUAGUUUCUGCUUCAGAAUAGAUAAAGACCUCUGCCAAGAGGGCUUUCUUUUAUUCUCUGGUUUUCCCAUAUUGCUAACAAAGCAUUUUCCUGUGGGAUGGACUGUGCUGGUAGAAUGUGUUCCAGCUGUGUAUCAAUAAAAGAUUAUGCCAAGCAGCUAUAACACAUCCUCUCAGCUGCUUUCUGAAACUGAAACAGGAGUCCCACCUUGAUCCAAAGGUUUCCAUUCUAAACUUUGUAUUACUCGAAGAGGCUGAUAGCCAGCGUUAUUAGCAUUUAACCCAUGGACUUGUAUAACAUUUGAACAUGGCUCUUCAAGGUCUGUUCGUAGCUGUAAAGUUAAAUUAAGAGUGAUCCUACAGGUGCCUAAAUGUGUCCCAUCUUGGGGAAGAGUUUUAGCAUAUACCCACAGCAGAAAUAUGUCCUAUGUACUAAGUGCAUAGGAGAGUACAUGCUUACCAGGGCAACAUUUUGUUGACGUACACGAAGCGGGUGUUACAUGAUGUCGACAGGGAAAGACUUUUAUGAACAUGUAAGAUGGGGCCAGUCACUCUUCUGUCUUAGCAUUGUAAUGCAUAGCUAAGAAACCUUUGUACUUUGUGUGAUAAUAGGAUUAUAGCAAGGGAAAAAAAGCCCACUUCUUAUAGAAGCACAGGAAACUUUCCAAUCCUUUUUAAUCAGAAAAUUGGAAACACUAACUCAAGAGAGCUCAGGCACAUGUUAUCUGUUCUUUUUUUCCCCCAGUUUUAACCAAGCAAAUUCACUCAGUAAUGGGAAGCAACUCAGACUGAUAUUACUUAAAAGAUUCAAAGAAUAAUGUAAACUCAAUAGGGUUUUUUGGGUGGAAAAAUAGUAACAAGCUACUGCUCAAUCUUCUAACAUUUUUACAAUCACAAAGCAGAAAGGUGCCAUUUGACUUAGUGAAUUAACAGAUGGGGAGCUGAAUUAAAAUAGAAAAUAAUAUGCAUAUAGACAAAACAGCUUUAAAGCAUUUGGAAGCUGCCAUAGGUGAUACUUACCCUGUACUAAAACCUGGUGUGAGCCCUUAAUAUAAGUGGAAUGUGAAUAAUAUCUUAACUUUGUGCCAUGAUUUUAUUUUGUGUUCAGUGUUAACCCAGGACAAAAUCAUCACCUUCAAUACUGUGUACCUUGUUCAAAAAUUUUGUUUCUGAAUGUAGAUGCAGAACCUUAUAGCUCAACUCAUCUGAACAACUAGAUAAAUGACUCUUCCAAAACAUCGUGGAGGAAAAGAGCUGCUGAAAAAGGGCCCCUGUCCUUCAUGUGUUUGCUAACUUGGACCAAAACUCACAGGUGUUGUUUCCUAAAAGUUAAGUAUUUGUUGGGAGAAAUUACCUGCAGCCCAUCAUUCAUCCCAAUAAAAUUUUAAGCCACUCAUUCCUAAUUCUCCAGACUCAAAAGUAUCUUGUUGGAAUAUCUAUAUCCCCACUGCCCUUGGAAAGGUGGUAACAUCACGUCUGUUCAUCUCCUCUGCUGCAGGUUUUCCUUUCCCAUAAAACAUCUACUCUUACAGAUAACAAAGUAAAGCACUUUCCACCCAUGAAUCAAGCCUUCAUAACUCUCUUUGAGAGGACCAAAAUAUAUGAUCACCUCUGGCUUUACAAAGAACAAACUAAUGGCAAGAGCAAGGACAGUCUUUGCAAUCUGUUCAUACAGCACCUGGCACGAUGACAUCCAGCCCAUAGUUGUGAUGGAAGGUGUUUGUGGAAACUUCUGAAAUUAUGAGAAUUCAGUUGCAUCGUAUGGGACUCUGAGGCCUCUUGCCCUCAGAUCCGAGUCUAGCAAAUACAGUCCUCACUGUUACUUCCACUCUGGAAAAAAUACUUUCCCAAGGACUUCAGAUGGCGGGACAUGCUGCUGAUGGUAAGGGUACUGAUAUGUUUUUUAAAACACAUUACUGAGAAGAUUUUGUUUCUUCAUUCCUGAAGAAGAACUUCAGACCCUUGCUAUAGUCCUUAUUUUGUGAUUCAUUAUUUGUAAUUGAAGCUUUAGUUCUGCUUAUUGAGUCUUCCUGUUCCUGCUUUUCUUCCCUGUGAUUCACAGCUCGCUGAAGCCUGUGUGGCGCUCUGCACCCCCUGAACAGGUUUUAAUUAAGAAGCUAGUGAAUUCUGCCUGCACUGUAUUUGGCGCUUGCCUGCUUGCUCCCACUACAGUCAUGAUACUGUUUAUCUUCCUGAUUGAAGAGUAAACUAAUUACAGUAGGUCUAACCAGCUUAUUAAAUCCUGCUGAAAUAAAAAAGGAAAACAGGAAAAAAAAAAGCCACUACCUCUGUGGUGAAAAACUCCAGUGAAAACAUGACUCCCUCAAGAGUCAAGAAUGUAUAAUAGCCAUCGCAAGUACAUGUGACACCAACAAAUGUCUUCAUGCAGCACUGUAAUUAAAUAGAGACUUGCACAAGCUA